CUUCAACCGCCAAAAGGGAGAUUACUGCUCCUCGAAUCGACCGGAGUGUAGAGAGGAGUCUCCGACCACGAUGCACAGCGCUCAGCACCAAGGCCGCACAUCGAUCAUAGAGAUACAAAAACAGGCAACGCCCUCGGAUGAUUGACCGAUAAUCGCAAACCACUUGAUUACACUAGACAGCAACACCACACAGCAGCCCACCGCCACCAAAACGCAUUCCCGGGCAGGACCCGGCGCGCCCCGACCCCGACCAUGAGCUACUACUUUGCCAUCAUCGGCACCCAGGACAACCCGCUCUUCGAGUACGAGUUCGGCACUAGCAAGCAAGGCGGUGACGGGCAGGCGCGCUUCUCGGAGCAGGCGCGCCAUCUGAACCAGUUCGUGCUGCACAGCAGCCUGGAUAUUGUCGAGGAGGUGCAGUGGACAACCGGGCAGCUGUAUCUCAAGGUGAUAGACAAGUUCUUCAACAACUACAUAUCCUGCUUUAUAACGGGCGGCAACGUCAAGUUCCUCCUGCUGCACCAGCCGACAGCGACAGCGUCAGGGGCGAGCUCGACACGUAACUCAACCUCGGUCGGCGCCAACCCGACCAGCCCCCAGACGGAGGAGGCCAUCAAGAACUUCUUCAACGAGGUGUACGAGAACUACGUCAAGACCAUCAUGAGCCCAUUCUACAAGGCCAAUAUGGAAAUCCGGAGUCCAGUGUUUCGACAGAGGGUAGCGGCAGCCGGGAGGAAAUACUUGUAAAUCCCAGGACCGAAAGAUUAUUAUUACACACAACCUAAUGUCACAGUCAUGUCACCAAAUGAUCGGAUUCACGGCAGUCCCAGGUAAGGUGUGCACAGUUUGGUUUGAUCAAAAUCAAAUUCUCGUAG